CUCUCCCCGCCCUUCCCGGGGCUUCCGCUUCCGGUUCUGACGGACGCUUCGGCAGUAAAGAUGAUCGGAGACAUCCUGCUGUUCGGGACGCUGCUUAUGAACGCCGGGGCUGUGCUCAACUUUAAGCUGAAAAAGAAGGACACGCAGGGCUUUGAGGAGGAGUCCAGGGAGCCUGGCACAGGUGAAAACAUCCGGGAGUUCUUACUGAGCCUCAGGUACUUCCGAAUCUUCAUCGCUCUGUGGAACGUCUUCAUGAUGUUCUGCAUGAUCGUACUAUUUGGCUCCUGAGCCCCAGAUACGGAACCAAGAACACACCUUCCCAGAUGCGGAGUCUCCCUUCUUCUGUGAUGACUUCAAGAAUGUUUUUGACCGGAAAACCCAUGACCUUCCCGGAAAGCCCAAGCUCGUGGUGGGUGGAAAGAAAUGUUCGCCAAGAUGUGCAUGGUUUCGCCGCCACAUCACUGUUUUCUUUUCAAAGAUAUUUUCACGUUGGUCUCUGUAUUGAAAUGCUGUCUACUUAAGAAGUUUCAGGAGUGUUUAUGUAAGGGGCUAUGAAACAAUGCAUUCCCCAUGAAAAAGAGAACAUUUCUAGGUUGUUUUGUUGAAUUGGAAUCCAUUUUCCACCUAGCUAUCACUAGAAAUACGUUUCUGGAUAUUUCUUGAUUUUUAAUAACCACCCCUUUUGGUUCAAAUUAUACAGAUUUUUAGAAAUCAUUUAUAUCCUGGGAUCUGAGGCAGAAAGGUUGGCUUUAAGUUUGAUGCAGCCUCUGUUGGAUUGUGUUUGUGAAUAAUGAAGGUCUUUGUUGCUGGGUCUGCGUCCAAGUUUCUUCCCCAUCCCAAUGGGCUUUGCUUGGUCACUCUGCAGCUGAGGUCAUCCCCAGGACUUUAAGGGUGAGGUGUGACUGGUUCCCACAGAAGAGAGGUGCAGAACAAUCAUUAGGGGUACAUGGAAGUCUUACAAGAAAUUUUGCCUUGCCUUGAAAGCCUCCUGUUAAAGUAACUUUUGGGGCCAUUAAUUUUUAGAGUGGGAGUGAUUUGUGUGGUGAUAUUGGGACCCAGUUCUGAAAGCUUGGUUUUUUGGGUCUGCUGUUCAAGUGGGUGAUUUCAAGGUUGAAAAACAAUGAGUCUCAUUGGAGUGUUUUGCACAGAAGCUUCUUUGAAGGAGAGUCCUGGCUUAAUUACCAAAAUGAAAGGCCGGUGGUCGGCGCCUGGUGUUUGAUUUGUUUGUUGUGGUUUUUGAAAUCCUGACUUGCAGGUAAACCUAGUGGGAGAAAAAAGUAAAUAUGCAGGCUUUUAAAACUAAAUAGCAUUGAAAAUAAAGCUCAUUUCCAAAAAGGACCUUUUGUUUAUACACUUUUUAGCCAAGAAGUUGACUUCUAACUUGAGUUAUUUCGAAUUACACUGUGGGAAACACCGAGGAUUCAUUUUGAAGACUGUCAUUAAGUCAGAAACGAUGUUCCCUUUUGGAUUUCGCUCAAUAAAUGUUGGGCAGGGAUUGGGCAAAUACAAUUUUGACCUGGCUGCUUCUGGAAGAAUUGAAAGAGCCAAUGAUAACUGUGGGGUUUCAUUAGGCUUGGAUCAGGUCCACUUGUACUACUGCUCAGCUAAUGUCAUUCAACUUCAUUGCUUCUAUAAUUCAUUCCCUUGUCAAAUCCAGCCAAGCAUCACUUCAUGGUUUGUAAAUAGCAAAGCACAUAGCUUCUGAGUCCAGCUUCGCCCAGGCCUGUGUUCUUGUAGCAAGAACGGACAUGCCAAGAUCUUGGCUGGUCAUUCUUCAAGCCGAGUGAACAGUGUGAGAAAACCUCUGCCUCAUUCAGACCCGCACUGAGGUUUCAAUGAGAUGAGGCAUUUGUGCAUUAUGGAGAUGAAUUGUUCUCGGAGAAGAGAAUGGUGUCAUUGAGAUUUUGUUUCAAUAAUUGUAUUUUUCUCCAGAGAACUAUUAUCUCAUUGUUAAGUUCUUAUAAGCAGGGUAGCUUUUGGGGAUGAGUAUCAGAGGCUGCUGUACAUUUUAAAAAUUGAGUCUCAUGGAUGUCUAGGAAGCUUUUCAAGAACCCUCACUGGCACCAAAGCUUGUUAGAGUUUGAAUUUUUGGUACAUAGGGUCCCACAGCAUUUAAGUGCUCACGUUCAGGGUCAGUUAGAUAUGGGUUCAAAUCCCAUCUCCAUUCUUUGCUGGGGGGAACCUUGGCUGAUUGCUUCCCCUUUCCCAGCCUCAGUUUCCACAUCUCUAAAAUGGGCUUGAAAGUCACACCUACAUGGGGUUGUUGUAAGGUUCGGUGAACUUAAAUUUUGGUUGGGUGCUUAAGUGGACACCUGGGCAUCUGGUAAUCGCUCAGUAUCUGUGGGUGUCCUCACUCCCUGCUUUUCUCUUCUUGUGUUGAUUCACUUGUUCAGGCCACACCUGCACUGUGAAAGGACAGUCACAACAUUUUUAAAAAUUGGAAACAAUUUCCAGCAUGAAAAACCCUUUCCCAUCUUCCCAUUCCCUUUCUAGCAUUUUCCUUAUGCCUGUUGAGAUAUACCACGUAGUUCUGAUAAGUGGGUAAGGUAGUUCUAGUUCUGCUGUUUUCACCUCAUAUUUUCUGGGCUGCCAGGAAGGCUUCAUGGUUCUCAUUUUGUAGUUACUGUGCAGUCAGUAAAUCCCUUGUUAAUCUAGGCCCCCUCACUUGACUUGAUUUGUACUUUUUCCACUGUUAUAAAUGUCACCAGUGUUAAUGACCUUUGCUGGCUUCCCUCACUGGUACUUCUAGGAGUGCUCAGGAAGCCUUCAUCAUUAUGUGCCACUGUUAUGGCUUUAGUGGCUUUUGUUUGUUUUAUUUUGUUUUAGUUUCUUGCUACCAAUGUACAUUCAUUGUAGAAAAAUUAUAAAAUACAGCUGUGCUCUAAAGGAAAAAGCCUUCCACAAUCCCAUUCCUCCAGAGAGCAUCACCUGAGGUACACAUUCUCCCGGCUCUCUCUUUCUGAACGUGCAUUGGGUGUGGGGCAUGCAUUUUCUUGACACAAGUGGUCUUCUAGCCUGUUUUUCUCAUCUGAUAAUAUGACCACGUUUCUAUACUUUUUCCUACUAUACCAUUCUUAAUAACUGUAAAUAAACCAUUGUAAGGAUGUAUUAGUUUAACUAGUCCUCAACUGAUGGAGAAUCUUGGGUUGUUUCCAGUUUUGGUCUGUUAUAAAUAACACUGUAGUGAACAUCCCCAGUGGAUCAUCCCUAAUGGAUUUUUGGGGUCACUUUUAAAGAGAUCCACCUUGACAGCUUGAGGCUAAAAACCCCAAAGAAAAAUGCAUCUUGGACAACUUAAUCCUUGUUUUUAUUUUUUUUUUGUUCAUUCGUUUGUACAUACAAACAUACAUAUCAAAGAACUUGGUUCUAGAUCCCUGUCACCUCUGACCAGGAAUGGCAUUAGGCAGCUUCAGUUUAUUUAAGCUGUGAAUAAGGACGAGGUUUUCAGCUCCACUCCAAUAACUGUUUCUUUAUGCAAGCAACAGCAGUUGAUGUUACACCAGCUGGUUUUCCACCUUGGCCCAGAAGGAUCUUAGCUACCAUCUAUUAAUAAGUAGUAAAUGUCCACUACUGCUCACCCUGGAGCAUGUUACAUGGAGCUGUUGCUGAGGCGAGAGGCCACACAUGGAGAACAAAGAGAAGUCCUCAGUUUGCAGCACCUGCCCUGGCUACAAACUUUGAGGUUCAUGUUAGUCAUCCCCUUUGGGGGUUCAUAUUGGAAAUCUCCUUUUGCUUCCUCCACUCUUGCCAUCUUGAGAAGAGAACACGUCCCUCCUUUGUGUGGGGUUCUUAUUGCACUUCAGUUCCAGCUGCUGUAGAGCAGAAUUUGGAAACCACAGACCUUGAUCUGCCACCUGUUUUUGUAAAUAAAGUUUUAUUGGCACCCAGCCAUGGCUCUUUGAGAACAUGUUGUCUAGAGCUGCUUUGGUUGCUUUCCUGCUACAAUGGGAGAGUUGCUGACAGACCAUCUGGCCCACAGAGCUGAAAAUAUUGCUUAUCUGGCCCAUUAUAGGACCAAUUUGCCAGCCCCUGAACUAGGGGAUGAUGGAGAAUCUCAAGGUGCCUCCCCCCUCCCCCCACCAACUCCCCAAAGCCAGUGGAAUUAUUUGCAUGCCUUGUGGUCUGGAUUUUAAUGAAGACAUUUGCAAACAUGUUUUUCAAACUUGCUGAGCCAGCCAUUUUCAGGUGAAGUGGUUAAUAGACCAAAACCUGAUUUUGUCUCUUGAUAGUUAGGGGUGAGGUCCCUUCUGGACUCUGAUUUCUCUGAGUAGCAGCAUGAUGUGAUAAUGAGAUCGGCUCUCUUCUGAAGUGCUUAGAUCUGAAAAGCCAGUGAGACUGUCAUUAGUGAAACAUUUUCUUUCCAUUUCAACCAUUUCAUUAUCUCCUUAACCAAAUUUGAGUUUAUGAAAUGUUGAGAAACCUCCUGAUGUUUUCCGGUGUUGAUGAAAGAUGUAUGUCAUUUGUGCUUAAAGCAAAAGGCAUGCUAUUUAAAAAAAAAAAAAGUAAAUUCAACUUGGGGGUUUAUUUUCAUCAUUCCCUUGAUUUUCAUUAUGCAGAGGAAAGCACUUGAUCUACUUCAAGCCCCUCUCUGGCACUUGAGCGUUCCUGGAAGUGAGAGUUUGGGACUAGCAAGCUUUCCUGGAUGAGAAAUUGGGCAAAAGAGACUGUAGCAAAUCAGAAAUUCAAAGUCCACGUUUUUCAACAAGAAAAUGCCAAGAAUUAGUUCAGUGUGUGGCUCCGUAGCUUUCUUUUCACAACCCAUGAGAGAGAAUGGCUUUUACCUUUUUAUAUGGUUGGGGGGAAAAUCAAGAAGAAAAUGAAAGAUUCAAGUUUCUUUGUCCAUAAAUAAAGUUUUAUUGGAACGCUACUAUACCAAAUCGUUUAUGUAUCAUCAGUGGCUGCUUUUAAGCUUCAAGAACAGAAUUGUGUUCUUGCAACAAAGACCAUCUGGCCUGCAAAACUGAACAUAUUUUCUGUGUCUGACCCUUUGCUGAUCCCUGGACUAGACAAUUUGAAGAAAAAAAAAGACAUCUUAUGUGUGGAUCCUGUUUAUCUGUGUUUGGUUCACAUCAUUGUCGUGCCCAUUAGUGUUAUAUGUGGGCCACCAGAGUAUUGACUGUGCUGGGGGAGUUGUAGAAGUUAUUUUGGGGGAAAUAAAGCUUCAGUUCAUCUAA